AUGCAGCUAUCCACUUGUUUACAAUACACUGCAGUGCAUCUCGAAAUUCCGUUUGCGUGUCCGUACUACAGCACUGAUAUUUUGACACCGCAAUUCUGCCGUCUUAAUGAUCGCACUUAUGCUGCCCCCAUAAGGGUUGAUGUUGAAUACACUGCCUAUUUACGGGAUAAAACGCUGACGCUACGGGAGGAAAGUGCCACCAUUGGGUACAUGCCUAUUAUGCUCAGAAGCUGUUCUUGUGUUCUGAAUGGGAAGGAUGAAGAUGAACUAGCAAGAUAUGGCGAGUGCCCUCUUGAUCCUGGCGGCUACUUCAUUGUGAAAGGAAAUGAGAAGGUCAUUCUUAUACAAGAAGAAUUACCAAAGAAUCAUAUUAUUAUUAUGACCGAUCGUAAAGGAAGGGUGACUGCGUCGGUUAUGAGCAGUGCAGAUGGAAUAAAAAGCAAGACUCUAGUUGUCAUGGACAACAAAAAGAUCUAUCUAGAUUCGAAUCAAUUCACUAAGCUGAUUCCUAUAAUUGUUGUUUUGAAAGCAAUGGGAAUGGAAAGUGACCAAGAGGUUGUACAAUUAUUAUCUAUUCAGGAAUGUGCCUCUGAGGGAAUAUAUACACAACAACAAGCUCUUCAGUACAUGGAUGGCAAGAUGAAGUAUCCGCAUCAAACAACUAUGAAGGUCCUACAUAAUCAUUUCCUGGCGCAUGUGCCGGUCAAGAAUGGGAACUUGCGAGCAAAGAGCAUAUACACUGGUGUAAUAUUAAGGCGCAUGAUGGACGCAGUCUUGAAUGCUGACACUUUUGAUGACAAGGAUUAUUUAGGAAAUAAGAGGCUGCAACUGUCUGGUGAACUAGUAUCCCUGCUCUUCGAGGAUCUGUUCAAAAGAAUGAAUUUGUUGGCUAUGGAUAUUAUGGGCAAAACUAUGAGCAACAAUACAAGUGAAGAUCGUGACGGAGUCCUGAAUUUUAAGCAGAUAAUAGAGAGGGCUUCUAACAUAACCUCUGGUAUGGAGUUGGCCAUUAACACAGGAAAUUGGAACACAGGACAAUUUGGUAUGAGUAGAAAAGGUGUAUCACAGACGCUUUCUAGGCUAUCCUAUAUGGCAUCUUUAGGCUACAUGACACGCAUAUCACAAGAAUUAGAGAAGACCCGGAAAACAAAUGGGCCCCGUGCAUUGCACCCUAGUCAGUGGGGUAUGCUUUGCCCAUGCGAUACUCCCGAAGGAGAACUUUGUGGAUUGACAAAAAAUUUAGCUUUGUUAACUCACAUUACAACAGAUCAAGAGGAUGAUGGCCCACUGACGAAGCUGUGUUAUACUUUAGGUGUGGAAGAUUUAUCAAUUUUAUCCGCAGAAGAAGUUCAUGCAUCAGACUCAUUUCUGAUCAUGUUCAAUGGAUCAAUACUGGGGAAACAUAGGCAACCUCAGAGAUUUGCUGAUAAUAUGAGAAAACUGCGUCGGUUAAGCUCAUCUUGGGACUUUGUAAGCAUUUUUGUUAAUCAGAAGCAGCGUUGCAUUCACAUUGCCUCUGAUGGCGGUCGCGUUUGUCGUCCACUUUUAAUCGCUGAUUUGGGAAUAUCAAGGGUCCAAGACCAUCAUAUGCAGGAACUGAGGGCUGGUCAACUCUCAUUUGACGAUUUUCUGCGUUUUGGGUUGAUUGAAUAUCUUGAUGUCAAUGAAGAGAACAAUGCAUUGAUUGCAUUGUAUGAGCAUGAGGAUCAAGAUGAUGUUCAGAGAAGCAGAAUCACACACAUUGAAAUAGAGCCCUUGACUAUAUUAGGGGUUGUGGCUGGGCUUAUUCCUUAUCCACACCAUAACCAAUCUACACGUAACACUUACCAGUGUGCAAUGGGUAAGCAAGCAAUGGGAAAUAUUGCGUAUAAUCAGUUGUCCCGGGCAGAUUCUCUACAAUAUUUAUUAGUGUACGCGCAACGUCCCCUGGUUACAACAAAAACAAUCGAGUUGGUGGGAUAUGAUAAGCUUGGGGCUGGGCAGAAUGCAACUGUUGCUGUCAUGAGUGAUAGUGGAUAUGAUAUUAAAGAUGCAAUUGUAUUCAAUAAAUCAUCCCUUGAUCGAGGUUUUGGUCAUUGCAUAAGAAUGAAAAGGUACACGGUGGCAAUGCAGAAGUAUGGGAAUAAUAGGUCAGAAAAGAAUGUUAAACCAGAGAGAGAUAAAGAUGAUAUUUUGAAGAAGCAGAAUAUGCAGGUUUUGGAUAAAGAUGGAUAUGCCAAGCCAGGUCUAAUAAUCCGCGAUGGUGAUAUCUAUGUGAACAAGAAAACUCCCAAGAAUACUGCAAAAAGUCCUGGUGUUACAUCAACCGACAGGGACUAUGAAGACUCCCCAGCUAUUUACAAAGGUGAUGAUGAUGAGACAACUGUAGUUGAUCGUGUAAUACUUUCCUCAGAUAGUAAUGACAACUUGACCAUCAAGUGUAUUAUCCGUCACACUAGGAGGCCAGAGGUCGGUGACAAAUUUAGUAGCAGACAUGGACAGAAAGGUGUUUGUGGUACCAUUCUUCAGCAGGAAGACUUCUCCUUCUCUGAGAGAGGAAUAUGCCCUGAUUUAGUUAUGAAUCCCCAUGGAUUUCCAAGUGGUAUGACGGUAGGACAAAUGCUUGAACUUCUUGGCGGAAAGGCUGGUGCAUCAUGUGAGCAAUUUUAUUAUGGCAGUGCAUUUGGUGAACCAAGUGGUAAUGCUAAUAAAGUUGAAGACAUGAGCUAUACUCUUGUCAAGCACGGCUUCAACUAUCAUGGAAAAGAUUUAUUGUACUCAGGCACUUUAGGCCACCCUCUUCAGGCAUAUAUCUUCAUGGGGCCAAUCUACUACCAGAAAUUGAAGCACAUGGUUCUUGAUAAGAUGCAUGCUCGAGCUUCUGGACCACGAGUUGCAUUGACCAGGCAACCUACUGGAGGGCCAAACAGCAAUGGAGGCCUGCGUCUUGGUGAGAUGGAGCGUGAUUGUUUAAUUGCGCAUGGUGCCAGUAUGGUGAUAUUUGAACGUCUAUUACUGUCGAGUGACCCAUAUCAAGUGCAGGUUUGCAGAAAAUGUGGUUUGUUAGGCUACUACAACCACAGACUCAAAACCUCCUUCUGUUCAUUUUGCAAAAGUGGAGAAAAUAUGCAGCAACUGAUGAUGCCCUAUGCCUGCAAGCUAUUGUUUCAGGAACUGACAGCGAUGAACAUCGUUCCAAGGUUAAAGCUAACCGAAGGAUAACUUGUAACGUAGUGCACAGAUGAUCUCGGAAGGAUAAUAGGAGCGUCUUAGGUGAAGUGAUCUCCAUUUUGUUCUUGAAGCCUGAUGCGUUACGCGGGUUGCUGUAAAAAUGAAUUUGUGUAUAUGAGAUGAGAAGUUCUUGUGAUAUAAAGAGGAAGUGAAAUAUGUUUGGUUCCAAGAAA